AUGGCCUUCUCCCUCUUCACCUCCCCACCCUCCACAAUCCUCCGCCUCGGCCUCGGUCUAGGCGCGGGCCUCUCCGCCGCAACCUUCCACCCACUCUCACCCUUCCGCUCCGCGCCCCUGCAAUGCCAGUACAGCGCGCCCUACUACCGACCCGAGUCCGCGACCAGCACCGAAACCGGCUGGGCCGUCAACGCCAACGACCCUAUUCUCCAGAAGCAGGGCCGCACGAGGGCCGGCGGCUCCGCGGGUCAUGGGCUCUUGACGGCGCGGAAUCUGCGCCAAGUGAGUCUGGGGAGUAUGUUGGGGCUUGUGGCGGGCGUGGGGUUGCGCGCUGUUUCACGGGUUCUGGUGGUUGUUCUGGGGAUGGGGGUUGUACUGGUUGAGUGGGCGGCAUCUAAAGGCUACAAUAUCCUUCCCUUGAACCGGUUGCAACGCUACAUCAAGAAUGUCGACUUGCGCCGCGCCAUGUCCGAGCACCGGCCGUUCAAGGUCAGCUUCGGGGCGAUGAUGGCGCUGGCAGCAUUUGGAGAGUUCUAA